CCAGCCGUCGACUUCGGGCUCUCGAUGAGGAUGGUACAAGCUUACAAGAAUGGCUUCACAAAGCUCGGGAAUCGGGUAACACUGGAACUUGCGAUGUCCCGGGAUGGCAAUUCAAGGUACCUAUUCAGUAUAUUUUGGACCGCUGCUCAAGCGCUCAGGUACGAUUUGACAUACAUGCGAUGGAAUGCAGAUACGGAAAAUUGAGCACGGUGCGCAGAGAAGGGAACCGAUAUAAAUAAGUUACGGCAGAUCAUGAAUCUAUUUGCGCUUCGUAUGCUCCGACUGUCGCUUUUGGCUGCACGGCUGUUGCCUCUUCUAUGCUUAUUUCUAUGGACAUUCGUUGAGGGAAAAUCGUGCCAAACAAAGAACACAGUCAUCGAGCCGCAAGAGUUUGGUGCACUUACGUUUGAUUACCUCAUCGUGGGCGCUGGUACCGCAGGCCUUACUCUAGCGUCCCGCUUAGCAGAGGAUCAGGAUGUUCAAGUUGGCGUCAUCGAGGCUGGGGCAUACCACGAGAAUGAUCCGUUGGUCGAUGUACCAGCCAACAUUGGUGCAGCUGGAGGUAACGCAGAUUACGACUGGCGUUUCUCAACUGUGCCGCAGGAGAGUGUUGGAGGUCGCGUCAUCUCCCCGACGCAAGGCAAGCUAUUAGGCGGUUCAAGUGCCAUAAAUUUUCUUGCUUGGACUCGAGCAUCGAAAAUUGAGUAUGACGCUUGGACAUUCUUCUCCUCAGGACAAAACGACUGGAGCUGGGACGGGUUAUUUUCGUACUUUAUAAAAUCGACAUCAAUCUAUCCCAACCAGACAAAUACCUUCCUUGGAAUUCCUAGUGGACUCGGAAAACAGCCCAACUACCACGACGAAGGCUUUAAUGGACCAAUUCAAGCGUCUCAUAACGUCAUCUUUUCAGACGUAGAACCUCUUUAUGCGGAGACCAUGAACUCCAUUGGCAUUCCCAUGAAUGGAGAUCCCGAUAACGGAAACGAUACUGGUCUAAUGGAUGAUCGUGCAUCUGUCGACAGGGCGGAGGGCAAGCGGUCCUAUGCAGCAUCCUAUUACCUUCGUUCAGUAUGUCAAAGCAAUUUCCACGUUCUCACAAAUGCUGAGGCAACGAAAGUUCUCUUUCAAGCAGACAGGUCUGGUUUACAACGCGCAACGGGAGUCGAAUUCUGGUCAAACUCCACCUCACAAAUGUUCGUUGCCACUGUGCGUCGGGAGAUCAUAUUAUCGGCUGGCGCCUUCCAGACUCCUCAUUUAUUGGAGCUGUCAGGAAUAGGCAACGCAACUCUGCUAGAAAAUCUCGGAAUAUCGCCUCUUAUCGACCUACCGAACGUGGGAGAAAAUCUUCAAGAUCAUCCGGCCUUGGGGGUUCAGUAUGAAAUGAAUGAAGGCAUCUUCACAUUUGAUGCGCUAUUGAACAAUGCCACACUUGCCUCGGAACAGAAUGAGCUAUACAACCAAACAGGCACCGGUCUCCUGGCUGCGACAAAUGCAGCACUCACUUUCGUCCCGUUUUCUGAGGAGGAAACAGGGGAUAUCUUGACGACAUUUGAUACAGCGCGUUAUUCCUUGCCGGAUCGCACUGCGCUACAACAAAAGCAAUAUGAUUUCCAACGGGUGUGGCUCGCUGCUGGACGAGUUCCUCAGUUGGAGAUCCUACUUUUUCACAGUGCCUUCAUCGAGCACGUUGAGGGCAGGAACUGCAUUACAGUGCUUGCCGCUGGGUUGCAUCACAUUUCGCGUGGCUCGGUUCACAGCAACACAUCUUCACCUUUAUCUGCGCCUGUUAUAGAUCCAAGUUAUCUGGACAAUAAUUUCGAUGUCGAUGUCAUGCUUCGUGGCCUGAAAUUCGCCCUAAAAAUCGGUAGCAUUCCGCCGCUAGCAGAUAACAUAGCGAACAUUGUUUCGCCGCCCACGGUAUUGCAGACUGAUGAGGAACUAAUCCAAUAUAUCCGUAAUAGCUUAGGUACUUCCCAGCAUCCCAUGGGUACCGCAGCCAUGGCACCAAGAUCUCUCGGAGGCGUAGUUGAUGGAGCCCUCAAAGUGUACGGAACGUCGAAUUUGAGAGUAUGCGAUGCCAGUGCCAUUCCGAUUGCGAUCGGAACACACUUGCAGGCGACCAUCUAUGCGAUGGGAGAGAAGGUGGCGGAUAUCAUCAAGGAGGUAUAUAAUUGAAUUCGAGAGUCCAACUACUUGAACGUUACCUCCUAAUGUAACGAAACUGUUUGUUUCCCAAAAAGUGUGAUAAGCGUACCUUCAAACUGUUCAAAGCUCCGAAUAUGGUAUUGAGGAUGGCCCUAGGGAUAGUAGGGAAAUG